UGCUGUCAUUUGUCAUUCUUUCGACUUUCCUGUCGUUCAGGUCGGUCGGAAUAUUUUUAUUUUGUCAGCUUUUUUGACCGUUUUCACCUUGAAUAUACCAUUAACAUUAAGUUUCGGGAGCUAAUCUUUGUCCAAGUGUAGCAAAAUAAUUAUAUCAAUACUAGUUUUACAGGUAAAACCCAAUUAAUUAAAUUUCAUUAUGAGGUUUCCAAAAUCUUGCGACACUUUUGUCGUGCUUCCCCCGGUCACUAAAAACGGCCGAGUAAUAUUCGGCAAAAAUUCAGAUCGGCCUCAAAAUGAGGUGCAAGAAGUGAUACUUGUUAAGGGUGAAGUAAGAAAUCCAAAACUGAAGUGCACGUAUAUCACUAUUGAAGAAAGUCCAGACCCCGUAAACACUGUUAUUCUGAGUAAACCAGCUUGGAUGUGGGGAGCAGAGAUGGGAGCCAAUGAUAAAAAUGUAGUCAUUGGAAAUGAAGCCGUGUGGACAAACAACAACGAGGGUGAUGGAGAUGCUAGGCAGAGGCGCCUUUUGGGCAUGGACUUAGUCAGGCUAGGUCUCGAAAGGGGCCACACCGCUGAACAUGCUCUAAAUGUUAUAACUAUGCUACUAGAAAAAUACGGACAAGGGGGCCCUUGCUCAGAACUUGAUGAUAGCCACUUCUACCACAACUCAUUUCUGAUAGCUGACCCAAAAGAAGCUUGGGUGCUAGAAACUAGUGGCAAAUUGUGGGCAGCUGAAAAACUGACUGCUGGAUACAGAAAUAUUUCAAAUGGUUUAACAAUAACUACAAAAAUUGACAAACAUUCUGAGAAUUUGCAGGCAAAAGCCAAGGGAAUGGGGCUAUGGGAUGGACAGAGUGAGUUUAAUUUCACCAAGUGUUUCUCCUCUGGUGGAGAUGAGGUGCGCCAGCGUGAAGGUGAACGGUUGCUAAAGGAAGAAAGUGCAGGUGCAUGUUUUGAUGUCAAAAACAUGUUCAAAGUAUUACGUCACAAAGAAAGCCGCAUUUGUCGUGGAUGCGACGAUACCUUUCCUACACAAGGGAGUCAGGUAUCAAGCUUGACUUCUCAAGGAUUGAAUGUCCAUUGGUUCACUGCAACUCCAGACCCAAGCGUCUCAUAUUUCAAGCCAUUUGUGUUCACUCCAAAACCUCAGAUAUCUUCGUACACUGAAAGUUCUAAUGAGGCAAAGAGAGAGCAUCAUUUAUAUAAACUGCAUGCUGAACAUGUUUUGAAGAGCAGUAAUGAAAAGAUAUCUACACUUUUACAUGAAAUAGAAAAUGGCUGCCUUAUUGAAUUAGAAGAGUUUAUACAAAAUUAUGAAAGCGGUCAAGGUUCUUUAGAUGAGCUAAAUGAUCUGAUGAAAGACUGUGUUGAAACUGAAGUAAAAUUAUAUGGCUAAAUAAAUAU